CCGUUCACAUUCAAUGGUUGAUCAUUGAUUACCCUUUGGAUAUACUGUAUAUACGUAUCAUCUCUUCAGCAUCGCCGAGAACUAUGGUCAUUGGGCCCAACUUUCACUGGGUUUAUGUUAUAUCAAGUCAGUCAUCUGCCUGACAGGUUAAGUGAGACUAUGAUGCACAAUUUACUCAUACGUUCUCGGCGUGGUCGUCGACAGACGGCGGGAGCCGCAGUUGUCGUACGGCGCUGGCAAACCCACGCAGGGCAGACGCAGUGUGGCCGACUGAGUAUCCUACUCUCGAGAGGUGGAAGGAAACAGUACUUUUAUUAAUACAUUUUCAGUUCUGUGAGUUGAUUUAAAUCAUGAAUCAACUGGACCAAGACGAGAAAUUGAUCAUAGAGGUGCAGCAGUACCCGGGACUGUAUGACCAGAGCAGCUACGACUACAGAGACCUGCGGAAAAAAGAGAGCAUGUGGCAGUCGGUGGCAGACAGCCUCGGCCUCCACGCGCGGGAGUGUCAGGCUCGCUGGCGGGUACUGAGGGACAAGUUCGUGAGAGAGAUGAGGAAAAACGUCAACCCAAAGCGGGCGGGGUCCAGCGCUCUCCAGGUGUACCAAGGCAGCUGGCCUCUCAUGUCGCAGCUCAUGUUCCUCACCUCACACGUCAAGCACAGGCCUUACAGAGCGGGCCGUCGCGACACAUACUCAGACGCGGGAGGAACAGAAGACGAGGAAGACGGGGAACCAUCUGACGAGGAAGACAUCGAGGUGAAACACAACCCCACCACCACUACCACCACCACCACCACCAACAACAACAACAAUAACCUUCACACCACCAACAACAUCCACGCCACUACGCCCUCUCGCUGCCCCACUCCACCAAAUCCCAAGAGAAUGAGGACACAAUCCUUCGAGGCAGACUUCCUGAAGUUAACUCAAACAGAACAGGAACUACAAAAAGUGUUAACGACUCGUCAGGGACCAAGGGUAGACGAUGAAGAGAAUGGAGAGAGGUUGUUCUGCCUGAGUUUGGUGCCCGUGUUGAGGCGUCUAGAGCCUGGCAAGAGGAGCCUAGCUAAGUUACAGAUCCAGAGAGUCUUACAUAACCUAGAGUUUCCUCAGGUCAAGGUGGAGUUAUGAAACACAUCUUGGCAAGUGUCAUGUAAUCGAUUUAAACACUGAAUCCAACUCUUUGAGUUACAGAAACUGGAAUUAGAUGAAUUUUCUUCUUUUGUAAUGAGAAGUUAUUUUUUUUUAUUGUACAAUAAUCUUUAUUAUGUUAAUAUUAAA